GAGAGACAGAGUUCGUGCUCUUAGGAGAGGAGACAGGUCCUAUAUGUAAAGAGACAGGACCCUUGCAGCUUGAGGCAGCGGGAGAAUGAGCAGCAGUAUAGGCAGUGGCACUGACAAGUAUCAGUGACAGCCAGAACAGUGCUCAAAGGACAAGGGUGUGGAGAGGCAUCAGCGUCAGUCAGCAUUCAGAAAUCAUGAAUUCAGGAGGAGUUUGUGUUAUUCCAGCAGAUACAGGUUAUGUUAUUGCAUCAGCGUGCCACUCACCAGACUCUGUACAGAAAGUCUCCCAAAUAAAUCUGGAAAGUGCAGAAAAGGAGAUUUCCAUUUUCAUCACCAGUUUAAAUCAACUGCAGCCUGUGAAAUAUUUACUCAGCAAAGAGAUCUGGGCUUUCAUUGAGGGUCUGUGGCCAAAUCCAGUUGGUUUUGUUCUACCUGAAAUAGGAGACUGGCUGAAAGGGUUUGGCCUGGCAAGCGUUUCAUCACUACUGGAUUCCUCAAAGAGUGUGAUCUUAUACAUUUCAGACUGUGGAGUUACUGGUCAAAUCAUUGAUCGUGUGGGGCCUAUUGCUGUUCGUUUACUGACAAAAGGAACACAGAAUCUGCCAAGCCAAAUGUUUGCAAAACUGCUUACACAGGUUGAUGGAGUGCUGCUUGACACGGCACACGAUACUGAGUAUGAAUUUACUGUUGUGGAUUGCACCAAGAUGGAAAUGGGAGUAAUUGAUGUUCUCAAGGUUGGAGCUGUACCUACAAUAAAGGUCCUGGAUGUACUGCAUACAGUCAUAACAAGGGAAGACAGCUGCUCCAACACUGUGAACUCAAUCUAUUUGUGAGCUGGCAUUAUAAAAGAGAAGGUCACCCAGUCAUAUGUUAGUAGAUGUUUAAUGAAGACAAAGCAUCAUGCCCUAACAUGACACUAAUUAAAUGAGCAUCCAUUUACCUCAUUCUUCCAACCAAAAUAUUAGUUAUUGUAUAAACAGCCACUUCACUUUCAAAUACUGUUAAUUUCUGCCAGUUGUGUAAUAUUUUUUAA